AUACCAACAGAGGCGUCUCCUUCCUUCCACACAGGCCCUCUACCUGCCAAAUUCAAGACACAUCAGAAAGUCGUGAAAGAUGCCUUACAUGCUACCAAGGAGAAUCCGGGUGCCUCUAAAAGCCAAACCGGGCAACAAGCCUCAGCUCCCAGGCUUCUGCCGGCUCUCAGACAAGCUGCAGGACCCAUCCCAACCCUGCAAGCGCUUGGCAUCCACCAUGCCCGUAGUGGUAGAUCCCUGGAAGCAGCAGCAGCAGCAGGUCAUCAACCAUUGUUUUUUCACUCAGCAGUACACCAACUCGUACACACCCUUCUACACCUUACAGAAACCCACCUGCGGCUACCUGUACUGCCGGGACACCGACCACACCCGCAAGAGGUUGGACGUACCUUAUACCAACGUGACCAAGUGGCGGACUGAUGCCAUUCUGUAAUCACGAGACCCUCACCACCUGAGGCCCCCCGCCCCCCUCCCCCUGCUCCUCAUCUUGGGAAGGCUGGGCCCCCGAAGAGGAGGGUGCACUUGCUAGAGGAGGGAGGGGCUGCCCUGGUGAGCUGGGCUCAUCGGGGUGGCCACUUACGACGACGAGGGGGGAACUCCUCUUAAGCAGCAAUUAAACAUUACCCUUCCUUAGCCCACAAAUUGAGGCUACAGGGGGACUCACAAUCCAAGCAAUU